UUUUAAAUUCGGUACUAGUCAUUUUUAAACUAGGGAUAGCUUAUCUGUUUUGCACACACCACAGUAAUCUCUGUUGCAUAUAUAGCGAUUGACUAUUAUUGACUGCCUUCUCUCUAGUCUCUUCACUGCCAAACAUGGCCUCCAUGGAUUUUCUCUCCAACCCCAUCUCCAUAGCAACCACUGCUCUAUCUAUUAUCCUUGCGUUUCUCAUCCUCAUCCACAAAUUACACCAAAAACAGGGCAAGAAAAAGUAUCAUCCAAUUGGCGGCACCAUAUUCAACCAGCUAAUUAACUUCAACAGGGUACACCACUACAUGACUGACCUUGCCGGAAAGUACAGGACUUACAGGCUGAUCAGCCCUUUCAGGAAUGAGAUCUAUACGGCGGACCCCGCAAACGUCGAGUAUAUGCUCAAAACAAACUUUGAAAAUUAUGGCAAGGGAGAGUAUAAUUACACCAUUUUAAGGGAUCUAUUAGGGGAUGGGAUUUUCACAGUUGACGGUGACAAGUGGCGUCAGCAGAGAAAGGUUUCGAGCUAUGAAUUCUCCACAAGGGUACUAAGGGACUUUAGCAGCACAGUCUUCAGAAAAAAUGUGGCAAAACUAGCUAAUAUAGUGUCUGAAGCUGCAAGUUCCAACCAAACAAUGGAUAUUCAAGAUCUGUUUAUGAAAUCAACCUUGGAUUCGAUAUUCAAAGUUGCAUUUGGAGUUGAACUAGACAGCAUGUGUGGUUCAAGUGAAGAAGGCGCCAAAUUUAGCAAUGCUUUUGAUGAUUCAAGUGCAACGACUCUUCUGCGAUAUGUUGAUAUCUCAUGGAAGAUCAAGAAAGCUCUGAAUAUUGGAUCGGAAGCAAAGCUAAAGAAGAAUAUGAAAUUGGUUGACGAUUUUGUGUAUAAGCUGAUUCGUGGCAAGAUUGAGAAAUUGAACAAGUCACAAGAUGAUUCUUCUCUCGAGAAAGAAGACAUUUUGUCAAGGUUUCUGCAGUUGAGUGAAACAGAUCCGGAGUACUUACGAGAUAUAAUACUGAACUUCAUAAUUGCUGGAAAAGACACAACAGCUGCCGCUCUUUCGUGGUUCAUUUACAUGCUUUGCAAGCAUCCUGCAAUACAGGAAAGGUUGGCACAAGAAAUAAAAGAAGCAACCAACAUGAAAGAGAUCACAGACGUUGCCAAUUUUGCAGCCAGUUUAAGUGAGGAAGCUCUCGAAAAGAUGCAAUAUCUUCAUGCAGCAUUGACUGAGACUCUCAGACUCUAUCCUUCAGUACCAGUGGAUGCAAAGAUAUGCUUUUCGGAUGAUACUCUACCGGAUGGGUUUAGUGUGAGAAAAGGGGAUAUGGUGGCUUACCAACCAUACGCAAUGGGGAGAAUGAGAUUCAUAUGGGGUGAUAAUGCAGAAGAAUUUAAACCAGAAAGAUGGCUUGAUGAGAGUGGCAUCUUCCGGCAAGAAAGCCCGUUUAAAUUUACAGCCUUCCAGGCAGGACCGCGAAUUUGUCUGGGCAAGGAAUUUGCUUAUAGGCAGAUGAAGAUAUUCGCAGCAGUCUUGUUAGGCUGUUUUGUGUUCAAACUGAGUGAUGACAAGAAAGCUGUCAAUUACAGGACAAUGAUCACUCUUCACAUUGAUGGGGGACUCCAUGUUCGUGCCUUCCAUAGAUUAAGAAGCCACACACCCAUAUAAAUGUACGAUUUGUCUGCUGUAUAUUAAAUGUGGAAGUUUGAAGUAGCAAUCUGUCUGCCGUAUAUUAAAUGUGGUAGUUAGAAGCAGCAAUCAGUACCUAAUUUAGCCAACUAAUUUAUUGUC